UGACGUCUCAUAAACAGAAAUGGUAGAGGACAUAUUAUGCGAAUGUUGAAUUUUUGUAUGAUAUUCUUCUCUUAUUCUGAACCUGAAAGCGGAUUACCGUCACCCGUAUUGUAGAACCAGUGGAACCCAAUUGAGUCGAUUAUGUGAAGGAGUCGAGUGUAAGUUUGAUACGUUCCUGGGCGCCAGCAGAAUUUGGAAGAAGCGCCAGGUUUUAUAUGGACAAAGUUUGACUUUUGCGGGGCAAAACGCUUAAGUUCUUGUGCAAAAAUAUUCUACUUCCAAUCGUUCAAAAUGUGGCCAAUGAAAUUAGACAUGACCCGGGAUGAAUGUCGCGGUGUCCUUCGAAGACUCGAGUUGGAAUCGUAUUCGAGUGUUAUAAGUACAUUUCGUGCCCAAGGGACACUGUGCAAGGAAAAAUCACGUAUACUGGAGGAACUUCGGAAGUUGCUACACAUUUCCCAGGACCGACAUAAGGCAGAAGCCCGUCGCGUAGCCAAUGACGAGCGUUUGACAACUGUGGCGGAAAUCAUUUCCGGUCCGAACACGUACCAAGAUUGGUGCCGAGAAGGUCGCCGAACCUUUCCUAUUCUGCCUCGAACAACCCCAUACACAGCGUUGACAUAUAUAGCGAAUACAGUUUGCGAACAGAUAUGCAGGGAAAAUUCCAAGUUGCCUCAUCCAUUCGAGACAUCCCAGAACCGGUUGGAGAAGGAACAGGAAGAAAACAAGAAAACAAUACAGGACCAGCAGAAAGAGCAGCAGGAGCAACAACAGCAGCCAGCAGCUCAAUCACAACCGGCUUUGAAGCUGGAAGCAGAAUCAGAUACAGCACCGGACACAAUCAAGCCAAAUCAUCCACCUGUUGUUACAGUUGAUCCGUUCGUGGAAGCUGCUAAGAAAAGUUAUAUCAACAAUGACUUGAAACGAUCCUAUCCUAUCGAUCGGGAUUAUUAUAACAAUGAAUCAUCCGCUAUCGACGAUGAGUCGCCGUUGAGAAAGAAACCGCAGUUAUAUCAAGAGUUGCAAAAACACGAGCCUCAAAAUCAAAAUGUAACAUUUCAUCAACAUCUCCACCCGUUUCAGUUCCCUGCCCAACAACCCUUAUCCCCGCAUAAGAACCUUUCGUCUCCUAACAACUUCAGCAGCAUGACAUCAGCCAAUAACAGCAAUCUAAACACUAAAACAACGCAAGGAAAGAAUAGCAAUAGAAAUACCGAACGUCAACGAAAAUCAUCAGUUUCGUCGAAGAGGAAUCAGAACAAGAGCAAGACACCAUAUCAAUCUAACAAGCAAACAAGUGGAGCAGCGAAAACACCGAAAAACGUAAUCCCCCAACAGCAAUUAAGUGACCCGAUUCCAGUUUCCGCAAAAGGUUCCGGAUCUGGAAGAAGCAACAAUGUGCACAGUCCACACUUGAUACACUCUUACGCCAGUCCGUUGAUUCCGUAUGAGAUUCCGAUUCCGAUGCCGAUUGGUCCAGAAAUGUCCAAUGAACAACUUCAGAAGCACAUUUCUUCCAACACAAUCUAUUCGCAGGGCCAGCAAGCAUACAGUACUUCUCAUACGAAAUCACAGCAGCAGUACAGCUUCCACCCGCAAGGACAACAAAUUCAAAACAUAAACCCUACCUAUCAGCAUCAGCAUCAGAUCCUUCCUUCGUCCAAGAAAGACAUUCAAUAUAAUCUCACCAAGCUGAACCCAAUAAACAGUAUGUCGAUGAAGAACAACGUCAACAUCCCCUUGAAACAAUCCAGUUCGUCAUUAAUUCAUGGCAAAGGACAUCCGCUACUGAAUUACCAGAAAAGAUCUCCAUCGAAGAAUGUGUUAAUUCCAACGUCAUCAGCAGCGGCAGCGUUGGCUAGUUUGGGGAUAUCUAAGCCAAUCCAACGGAAAGACAGCCCAAUUGGUAGAUAUCGUGAUUCCGAGCCGAUAGUUAACUCUGCCGAUAUUCCAAAUCCAAAAAUAAUUUUCUCGACGGCUGCACCAUCUCCGCAACACCAGUCGGAAGGUGUUGUUCAACAGCCGGCGAGGAAUCAAAUCACUAUAUUGGAUCAAAUCACUUUGCACCCUCCGAACACGAUUAUCGAAGCGCCUUCAGUGAUAGGCGAACCACAGGCGGUUGGAUCGCAGGUGGCGAUCUCUGCGAGCAAUUUGCCAUCAACACCAACCACUCCCACCGCUACUCCGUUAAAUGUGGUAGCACCACUCAAACCCAGCACCACCGCAUCGGUCGCUUCUACAGCGAAUAAGGUUGUUACUAUCAAAGGACCGAGCCUUGCCGGCUUUACGCCCGUCAAAGGAGGUAGCAAAUUAUCUGUGCACAAGUUACAGCUGGUACCGAUUAGUCAGCCCGGAAACAAAAAUAAUGUUAUAGUGCUACCAGCAAAAACCACCAGCGCGGGUAAGAUCGGUGGAACUUUGAAUCCGGGGCAGAAGAUUUCGAUUCCGAAAAGUAGUGUCAUCUCAAGUGUGGUCGAUCCCAGCAUCAUUUCCGUUUCCGCAAACGCUGUCAGUCCACCGAAAGUUAUCGUACAGCAGCAGCCUGAUUUGAAUAAUGUUAUCGUUUUCGACUAUAACUCAGAACAGAAACUGAAAACAACAAGCGGAAUACUGGGCUCUAAAAGUCAAUACCCACCAUCAAGUAGAUCGGCUAUCACGGAAGAUACACCGGUUGAUAUUGUCUCAAAUCCGUUAGAUGCAAUCGCUGGAGCCGUUAAGCUGCAGGAACUUUCGAAAAGGUUCGUCUCGCCAGGAUCACCUGCUGGCUCGACUGCAUCGCCUUUGACGGAAAAAAUGGUGAAACCCCAAACGUCGGCACAUACGACAGGCACAAUAGUGACUCCCAAGUACAACUCUAAUAGCAACAUCAACAUAGCAAAAGCAACAAAAUUUGAGGCAGACAGUACUGCCCCUGUACCUGCAGUAACGGUUACGAAAAAAUCAAAAACUAAUCUUCAGGCCAAACCUGCAUCAGUGACUGUAGCACCACUGAGUGUAACUGUCCAAAAUAACAAAACAAAGUCGAAAACGAUGGCUGCUGCGACCAGCUCAACCACUGUUGGAAGUGAUACUUCCGCGAGAACACCAGCAAUGGGUUCUACGGACUGGGAACACGAACUGGACCAAGCGAACCAAGCGACCAACUCUAAAGCGAACAACUUUAUCCCCAAAGUAGCUCUGAACACGGCUUCGCAAUCCAACGUCGCUGCAGCGGCACUUUCGAAACCCGUCAAGCCUGUGAUAGGCGGCAACAGCAGUAGUUGUAUCAACAUCAAGAAAGUAUCCCAACCACUCUCAUCGAGUUCCAUCAGCUCAACAUCCUCCAACGCUUCUUCGCCCGUUGCCGACCAGCCCGUGAGCUCCGUAAGGAUAGCGCCACAUAGACCUGGUAUUCCGCUUCCCAUCACCACCAAGCCGACCACGCAGAGGGUAUUGCCGUUGUCGCUCCCCCUAGUAACUACACCACCCAACGAGCGAAGCGAUGACACUUCGGCUACGGAUUCGGCAGACGCCGAAGAGGAUCCCGAAGUGGGCGACGAAGACGACAAUAUCGAGGAAGAGAUGAUAAUCGACGACGAGCAGCACUUUCACGCGGUCAUCGAGGAAGAUCCCGAACUGGACGAAACGUUUAACGAGCAGGAAAUCCACGGCGAGCGGGUGGAGAUCGUGAACGUUGGAUAUGAUACAUCACGUGCUCUGAUUGCCGAUUUGGAGGACACCGAAAACGUUGCCUCACUGGGCAUGCAAAAUAGGACACCCGCGUACGGAAAAACCGGUAACGGCGUUGAAAUUAACCCGUCCAGCAUGAACUUUGAGCAGUACAUUGAGGAAACGGAUUGCGAAGGUGGUGAUGCCAACGGCGGGGACCAUACAAGCACCCCCCGAACGUCUGCAGCAACCAACAACCGGAAGGAAAUGAUGUUCGAAAUGCUGGAAAUCGAUAACGAGGGUAAUAAACACGCGCGAACAGUAUCGUACGAGGAAGCACUGGCCGAGGGACAGAUCGAUGCCGCUGCACCGACGAUCGCAGGAAGAAAUGCGGGUGGUGGUUUCUCCGGAUCGGGAGUUGGCAAAAGUAAAACGAAGACUGCAUCGUAAGAGGUGCCGCGGGUAGAGCAGGUUUGGGAGAACCGCCACAGCUUUGUGUCAUUGCGAAGCAGCCAUACGCACUGAGAAAGAGAGCCCUCGCCCGACGAUACAGGAGCCAUGUUAUUUAUUAUUGCUUUAUAUUUUGCUUGAACUCAUUUAGCGGAACCAUUCGUCGUUCGGUUUUCACUCACUGUACUGGAUGAUGUAUACUUCCGAUGGAGAAGAACGGUGAUUCUUGUUACAAAUUGUUGAUUAUAUUUCUACAGUCGGUUUAGGUUUCCACGCUUGUAUAUUGUGUCCAAACAUUUAUAUUUCUGGUGGAGAUCCAAAACGCGAGCAUUGCUUUAUACUAGGUGUAAGGAUUGGACCUGUUCGGGAGGGAUGGACAUUAACCUAGGAACUCUGGUGGCAAAUUGUUAAGUUUUUAAAGAGCAAAAACUAUAAAUCAAUGCUAAUAUUAAUAUGAUUUAAUAACAAAAAUCUAUAUAUUUUAUUGAUUUGUUAUUUUGGGUUCAGUGUUAAAUGAGAGAGACAUUUAAUUAUUUCUAAGAAAAUUUAGAAUGUUGGGUUUGGAUGCGUGAAUAAAACACGUUUCGUAUCGAGGCCACCUGUUCGCGACAUAAAGAAAGCUCAUUUUUUGAGCAUGUAAGCCACGUGAUACGGAGCUUGUUAAUUGUUAAGAUGAUGAUCAAUUGUAUUCUGAUAAUGCACGGUUUCGGGUUGUAGUCUAGGACGGGCGUUGGCAUUCUGUUCUGCUAUUCUCACCACCAUUAUUUACUUAAUUCGUGUAAAAUAAAUAAUCACCGUUUCCCCUAACACAAGCGUGUUUGCAUGUUUGUAUGUUUGAUUUUAAAUCAUUUUCUUGUUCAUUAUUCCGAAAAGAAAGGACUUCGUCGUCAUGACCAGUAACGAGAGUGGAAUGAUUGAUAUGCCAAUGCAAUCGAUUGGUAACAAUCUGUCGAAAGACGUGCCAUUAUUGGAGUUGUGUUUGAGCGGACAUAAAGCAAAUUAAAACACUGUAUAAAUUACAAACUUUGUACAUAAUAGUUGGAUAAGUAAAAAUUGUUUUAAGUCGAAACACGUAGUAAAAUAUCAAACCUAGAUGUCGAGAAUGUGUUUAACAGGGAGUAGCUCACCAUCAUUUGUUCGUUCGUGAGGGGUAUAUGGUAAAGUGGUUGUAAAAAAUGAAAACCCGACCGAAAAUUGAUGAUUCAAAUCUCACAAAUUUUGUACAUUGUAGCAUUAUAGUAAGAUUUUUUUCGCACAUUUUCGAAGACAAAAGCGCGAAAGGUUAUUCGUUAUGCAUAUAGAUUGUGAUUGAAAUAAUAUUUUGAUACAUACUAAAUAGGUGAACACCUGUCGAAAAGGAAGUUGUGCCGAAAAUGAAAAACUGGACAAUUUGGCGUACAAUUUAGGCAAUGAGGUUGUAUCCUCCUAAUAAUUUAUAGAAAUUAUAAGAGAAAAAAACGAUAAACAAUGUACACACGUUUUUUAUAUAAAUAUAAGCUUUUAGUAAUAAGAAAUGUUUUAAACUUGUAGACCAGAUCUAUUUUUGCGCCCCAUUGACUCAUUGACUUCACACUCAUCUCAUGAUAAUAUGUGUAUAUAAUUAUUUACAAAAAACAUCAGAUCAAUAAAGUUUUGUUUUAUUUUCCGAGAAUUUUUGAUUUAAUGGUAAAUCCAGAAGAGACGUGAAGAACUCUUCGAACACACAAACAAAACGAUGAGAACAAAAGCAUUAAAAUAAUUUGGAAAGUAUAUUUAUCAAACGAUGACGACAGCUCCAUAAGUAAUGGAAGGAUGUAACGAAAAUAUGGUAGCAGAUGAAAACGGAUAUUAUUGUACAUUAUAACUUUUGAAAAGGAAUAA